CCAAGAAAAAGCCUCGAUCGCCUGCACGCCCCUCUGUCAGCCUCGCCCACCACACAGCGCCGUGAAAAAUUACCGCCACCGAUUCUCCGGCCUGACUCAGCUAUCGAUAACGCCCGUUCUCGUCGCCGUACCUGCACCUAAGCCGCCUACGCAUAUAAUUGUGCAUUACUGCAACACCGCGUCGCUGUUGUGCACACCGCGCACUCGUUCACUGGGCGCACAGCCGCCCUAGCCGCCGCACCGCCGGCUUUCUUAUGGAAAGCCCCGACGCCUCGUGGGCGCCCAUAAGCCCGGACCUUUCUGGCUACCACUCCGCUGACCUCGAGCCCGCCGUCCCUCUCCAGCACCAGGGCUACAGAGGCUCCAUUUCCCACACCACGCCCUACUCGCCCCCAACCUCCUCCCCCGGCAGCCAGUUCAAGCAGGAUCCCUACAAGCCCCAGCCCAUGCCGCCGACACUCAAGGACGAGCGCGACGACGAUGGCGAGUACUAUCCCGACGCCAUGGUCGAAGAGAAGCCCUCGCGCGCCCGCAAGGCGAAGCAGGAGGGCAAUGGCACCAACAACCUUGUCGGCACCGAGCACAUUGAGGUCAAGACCAAGUUCCCCGUCGCACGGAUAAAGCGCAUCAUGCAGGCCGACGACGAUGUGGGCAAGGUAGCUCAAGUCACACCUGUUGUUGUUUCCAAAGCACUCGAGCUCUUCAUGAUCUCCCUCGUCACCAAGGCCGCCGUUGAAGCUAAAGCCCGCUCCUCGAAACGCGUCACCUCCGCCCACCUCAAGCAAGCCGUCACCAAGGACGAGCAGUUCGACUUCCUCACCGAGAUUGUGUCCAAGGUCGCUGACGCGCCCGCCGCCGCGGAGAAGAGCGAAGAUACCGUCAUGGAGGGCGAGGGCAAGAAGCGGAAGGGUGGUGCCAGGAAGAAGAGGAAGGCCGAUGAUGACGAUUUCUAGACGUGUUCUGGGUUUCUGUCCCAUGCCUUGCAAGGGUUCUUUUGAAGUCCACGGGUGGAUGGCUUCAGCGAUGGAGCAUAUCUCGGUACGGUUUUGUUUCUUCGGCGUAUGGAGGCAAGGUGUCUGGAUAUAUCCUAUGUACAAGCGAGGACGGUGGGCUCUUCGGUAUAGGAACGCUGCAUACGGCCAGGCGUUCAUGGUAGCUUGCUUAAGUCCAUAUCGGUAGGACUUUGGGAAUGCUUGUGCAAAGGGUAAUUUGCACUUGCCUGGGAGUUAUUUGAUAUCUUCUAGAAUCAUUGUCGGUUCUCGAAACACCUACAGAGAAAUUCGAAUAACUACAAAUUUGAACUUUUACCUCAUUUGUUAGGUCUCCUACUUGCACAUCGAACGGGACAGAAAUCUGAAGGGGUACGAUUGAUG